UUUGAAAAUUACCAGUCAAUAGACACGUACACUUCCUGUUCAAGAGGAAAACAUGAACACAGCACUGUCGAGAUUAAAUACAAUAUUUGCCUUCACGCUUAGCGUGAUGGCAGGUUUGACAUUUCUCUGCUUUCUAUCAACGUUUUUUAACGAACAUAAAGCAGACGUUGCAAUCAACACUGGCAAAGUUAUUGUAAAGAAUGUUCCAGACUACAGUGCAGGCAGGGAAAAGAAUGAUCUUGGCUUUGUUGUCUUUGAUCUCCAAACUGAUCUCUCAGGAAUCUUCAACUGGAAUGUCAAGCAGCUGUUCCUGUAUCUGUUUGCCGAGUACGAGACUGAGGACCAUAAGUUGAACCAAGUUGUGAUAUGGGACAAGAUCAUUAAGAGAGGAGAGAACUCAGUCCUUGACUACAAGAAAGCCAACACCAAGUACUACUUCUGGGACUUUGGCAAUGGUCUGAGGUCGAAUAAAAAUGUGACUCUUUCCUUGUCAUGGAACGUGAUACCAAAUGCUGGCACUCUUCCAAAGAUUCAGGGGGUAGGACAACACAAGAUAGAGUUCCCAAGUGAAUACAGUCCCAACAGAUUCCAAUGAUAGCUCAAUUCAUCUAUAGUUAGGAUGACUUGAUUUUUUCUAAUUACAUUUUACAUCUCUGUAUAAUACAUUUCCAAUCCAAAAUGCAAUGUUUGAACAGCAAAUGUGUUUUUGUGGUAGGCUUGGGUAGGAAACACAAUGAUAGCUUGAUUAUGAUGAAGGCCACAGAAAGUGACAAAUAUCUGCAAUAUGUACAUUGCGUUUUAAAAUUUGAAGUAUGUUUUAAACAACAGUUACUUGUGAACUAUAGCAGAUGAGAACCCUCUGUGAUCCAUCUGUAGGCAAAUUUAAAUUUAUUUUAAAUGUUUAAUUUAAGAGCCAAAUCAUGCGAAAUUGGGUCUUAUGUCAUAUGCGGCCAGCAUUAGCCCAGUCUGGUAAGGAGCCACCCUGUCCACUAAUGAGACUAAGAAACCUUUUGUUACUCCUGAAUGAGAUUGAGCAGACUGGGCUUGAGCUAUGCUGGUUGCAUAUGGCAUUAGACGAAUUUUGGGAUGACAAAUAAUUUUUUCCUAAAAGAGCCGAUAUAAAUUGUUUCAAAGCGCAACAACUGUUUUGUGAUUGAGUAUUCAGCUUACCUUGAGUUUAUUUAUGAAUCUUUCAUGGCAGUAAGGCCAUAAAUGAUUUUCUCUUUCAUACAUUCUGUUGACAGCAUGCACCUAGAUCUGAUGGUCUUGUACAUUAAACAUUAUUGUCUUAACUUGAUUGGAAAUAUAUCAGUAAAUGUUAUCUGUGAAAGAACCACAUCAUUUAACUUCAUGUUUUGAGGUUUGAAAGAAAGAUGCAAUUUGAUGAAUGUUGAUUUCUCUUUAACACUUUUGCAUGUUGCCUGCUCAUUUAUCUUUAUUUAUUUGAUGAAUUACCAUUGUUUUAUAAUAUCUGAUACUUGUAUUAUUUUUUUAAUUCACUGCUGGUUGCAUAAGCACUUCAUGAAAUGAUAGCUUGAUUGAUAAUUGAAAUUUAUAGUAACAGAUCAAGUGAAACAAAAUUUUGCAAACGCCAUUUGUUAAGAUCUUAGGAAAUUCAGACACCACAAACCGAAGAGAUUACACAGAAAUAAAUAAAGACCGUGCUAUAUUAGUUAAAACAUUUUUAGUGCCUGUCAGGCACAGAUUUUGCAUCAAGUAUCUUAAAUCAGGUACAAAAAUAAUGUCAAUUCUGGGUGCUUUUUCUUAUUUUUAUCAUCUCAUUUUACGUGAAGUAGACAUCGAGUACCGUAAUUACUCUUAGGUUUUCAGACUAUAAAAAAUAAGAAUUUUUCUCUUGUCUGAAAAUUUAGAUACGGAAAAUUAUUUUUUGAAGACAAUGUCCGAAAAUGUAUAGGCACCCUGAUAAUAUACAAUUAGCAUUGAUGUUCAGAUAUCCAUGUGUUUAGAAGCAACCAGAUUAUCUUAAUUGGCACAAAUUGAUAUGAGAAAGUUGUUCCUUAAAUGAUACAAAAAAACAUGGUUCUUACUACCAUCAUUCUAACUGAAGCCAUGGGUGAAACUAUAGUCUGUAAUCGGUACAGAUUCCUAUUAACUCAAAUUUAGAAAAUGCAAUUGUCCACAAACUCUUGAUUUCUUCUUCCAGGUUUUUUUUUACGGUUGUCUAAGUGUAAUAUGUCCCCAGACUAACCAAAAUUGGUAGAAUUUUGAUAAAAUGCAUCUUUCCAAAAAUGUGUAGUGAUUUAAGUUUCUGAAAUCUUUGAGUAGCUAUGAUAUGUUUAUAUUCUUGUUGAGGAAGGAUGUAUGUUACUCAUCAAUUCAGUUCUUAUGCAAUAAAGCAUACCCAUUAUGAUUAGUUGUAACAUGUGUUUACUUCAAGGGACUGAAUUCAGUACUUGUGCAAUUAUCAGUUAUAACAUUUGUUUACUGCUAUGAUGUUUCAGAAAAACAACAGUUAUAUAAUUGUUUCUAGUUAGAGUAUGUGAAUUGUUUUGUAUUUGAUAAAUGUUGUUCAUUUAAAAUAUCAGUAGCGGUUUAAAAAAGUAAGCAUUUGUUUUUAUGGUGUUGCUAAUUUGAGAAAUCUCUGUGCAUGUGGGUAAAAUGUGUUUGAAGCAUUUUGAAUGUUAAAAGAUGAUUGUAUUAUUUUCAUGAUGUUCUUAAUUAUUAAAAUUGAAUGUUGUUGGAAUUAUGCAGGUUCCAUUUCGAAAACUGAACAUUGUUUCAUGAAAUUGUAGAUACCAAUAAUAUUUAAGUAAUAAAUUGAUGUGAAACUUUCAAAA